CGUAACCGGACGUUACUUUAGCAUUGGCGGUCGACUUGCCGUUGAUAGCGAUCCCGUCCAUGACGCUGCUCGUGAAGAAGGUGCUCGAGCGCGUCCCGGGCGAGCGCCUGGGCAUGACGCUCAUCUCGCUCAACCCGAAUGGUCCGGGCUCUGUCUUUGUCUCGUUUGUGCAUCCGAGUACGGCGGCGGCCCGCGCCAACGUGUGCCCCGGCUGGGAGAUCCUCGAGCUGAACGCGAAAGGCGUCGAGGCGCUCACGGUCGAGAAGAUUGGCCAGUACGUGGCGGCAGAGAAGGGCCCGAUCACAGUCAUCUUCAACAAGGCGCACUCUCAGGGCUAUGAGGACUGGAAGAAGAAGAGCUUACAGAGCAUCCAAAGCGUCUCUCGGAAGCGUGCGAUGAGCGACGCGCUGGACGAGCCGCCCGAGGUUGCAGUCGCUUCAAGCAAGAAGCCGACGAAAGCUUCGCUCACAAAGACCACACAAGGACCCGUGACGCGGUCGUCGCCAGCAAAGACGACGAAGAAGGCGAUGCGGUCGCCGGAGCCCAAACCGACAUCCAAGAAGCACACACCCAAGCCGCCUGCCGAGCCCGCGGCCGCACCUCACGCCACGCCAGAGCCGAAAUCCAAGGUCAAGGCCAAAGCCAAAGCAGUGGCAGCGACAACACCGCCACCAGAGACCACACCGUCCAAGCGACCGGCGACGAAAGUCCCUCGGGGCCAGCGACAGAUGAGCGAGUUUGUCGUCCCGAUGAACGCCCCGCCGUCGCCGGAACCCGAAGAGGUGACCGGAACGAGCCGCGCGUCCCGCGCCGAGAACGCCAAGAUGAACUUGGUCCUCCAGCGGCUCAUGGGCAUGGGCUUCAAGCGCGACGAUGCGAUUUUGAGCUACGAAAAGACGGGCAGCGGCACGGCCGACCAGUGCAUGCUCUGGCUUGUCACGUAUCUCGAAGAACGCAAGUUUCUCGCAGACCUCAACAAGGCGCAGAUCGCCUCCGAGCUGCAGAAGCGCACGGACGACUCCCAGCUCAAAGAAAAGGCGCAGGAGGAGCUCCGCGCGACGACGACCUUGCGCAGUCUCUUUCCCGAGUCGGUCGUCUUUGCGACUACGAGUCCGUUGGAGGCCUUCCAGCGCUUCAUUGACGACGACUUGACCCGGGUCUGUGCUGAGAACCAGCUGCGUACGCUCGUCGCCGAGCUCUUGACGCUCGAAGGCAAGGCCAAAAAGUGGUUUGGCCGCCCCGCCGAGUGCUAUGUCGCACAGCUUUUCGAGACGCUGACCCCGAUUCUGACGGCCCACGCGCCACGAACGUGCUGCUGCCACGCGACUGCGGCGUUGGCCUCGUGCGCGCUCGUGGACAGCGUCGCGACUGAAAUCGCGGCCUUGAAGCGCCACUUGUACGCGAUGCCCUCAAAUACGGGCGGCAUCCCCGAGGCCUUUCUCAAGGCCGACGAGAGCUUGCGGUAUACGCUUGACGACGACGGCUUCGAAGUGCUCGACGUCGCCAAGAGCAGUGACGACGACGACGCAUAAGACCGAGUCGACCAGUUGUCGUGAUGAGAUUUGCCUUCUUUGGUGGGAGUUGCAUAAUGCCACGGUGGUGGGCUCUGGCGACCAAUGUCCCAUCCCAAGCAUCCUUCUAUGGACCGUAUGGGCCAAGGGACCAAUAACAGAGUCGUAAAUGCCCGUGGGUGCUGGCGACGGCCUGGACGAGUACCGAACGCGUGGGCUAAAAGUAUCAAGGAUCUUAGCCGAGGUAGAUGCCUUCGCCUGCAAACCAGAGACCGUUGUCGUU